AUGGAUGUUUGGCGCUAGAUUGGUAAUCAAAAAGUGUUAGAUGUUGAGACUGUUCUGGAAGCAUUUAACAAUACAAAUUCUCCUGAUUAGAUAGCUUAUAGCAAUUGUUUAGGGUUUAUGAAAUUAUUAAAGUCUUCUGAUCUCCUUGAAUAAAUUAAGAACCUUUAUAGUGAUCGUUAUUUUUGUCAACAAUUAUCGUAAUCUCAAUUUGAUAACUUUCUUCGAAUUACAAUUAAAUCAAUCUCCUUAUAUUAAGGUAGAGAUGAAGAUUUUGUGGAUGGAAUAAAUUUACUUCAAGAUUAUUUUUUAAAUUUUAACACCAAUCAAUUUUGCUUUGCAUUAUUAUCAAAUAAAAAAUUAUUGGAAAAGCAUCCUAAAAUUAUGUUAAACAUCUUUUCAAAAGCAAUCAUAUAAGAAGAUCAAAUUUUAUUGAAUAAAAUAAUCUAAUUAUUAGGAUAAAAGUAAUUGAAAUCCUUUCAUCAUUAAUUUCUAAUUGAUUUAAUUUAAAUUGAUCUAACUUAAAAGUAAUCCUUUAGAACUUAUGCUGAAAAAUUAUUUGAUUCUUUCAUAGGAAAUUCUGAAUAAUAAUUAAAAAUUACUAAUUUAACAUUUCAAGAUAUUAUAUUGGCAUUUAAAAGACUAAUCAAAUGGGAUAGUCUUAAUUAUAAAUUUAUAGCCAUCAAAUUGGAUCAUUAUAUAAUGAAUUAAGAUAAGAAUAAUGAUGUAAAUGUAUUAAAAUUGAUUUUCUAUAUCAUGACUUCUCAAUAAUCCCAUCUUUGGAUUAAUUGCUCAUAUCUUACUAAAACAAUUAAAUUAUAAUGGAAAACUGCUGAUUAUGAAUUCCGCUUUUAUAGAGUACUUAAACUUCUUAGAAUCAAUAAUCAUCGUGAUGUUGAUUCUAGUUAUAGAAUGGGAUUUAAUGGACUCUCUGGAUAAAAAGUAGAUUCAUUUAGAUUAGCCUAAGAUUUAGAACAAAAUAUUAAAAAGGUAUUUAAUUAUUUUUAAUUAUAUAGACUAUAUAAGAAAGUGAUCAUUAGAUUGUUUAUUUAUAAUUUAUCAAGUAAGCAUUUAAGAGAGAACCUUAUUGUUUUAGUUAUUCAUUUAUUCAAUUCCUCCUUUAAUAUCGAUAUGAGGAUAAACCAGAUCUAUAUUAACCUUUUUGGUCUUUAGUUUCAAAAAUAUACUCAUUUUUCUUUAUAUAAUUAUAUGAAUAGGAUAUAACGAAUGUUUUUGAUUUUUAGGGUAUGUUUGUUGAUGAGAAUGGAAAUACAAAAUUAACAACAAAAAUUGGUAUUCAAAAGAAGAAUGCUAGAAAUUUAGUUCCUUAUUUUUAAUAAUUGUAUUUAUUUGAUUUUAUAAUUUAAUAGAAUUAUUAAUAGUUAGAAUUUAAUAAUCAUGGUAUAUAAAAAAUUCUAUAAAUUAUUUUUAUCAGAAAAACAAAUAUUUAAUUUCUUCACCAAUUUAAUUUAUGAACCAUUAUAUUAAUAAAUAGAAUUUUAAUUUCCUGAUAAAUCAAAUCUAAAAUAAAAUUAAAAUACUUAACUUUAUUAUUUAUUCUCUGAAAUUUUGGAUACUUUUUAAAAUACAAAAAAUGUACUAUAAGAUUAUUUGACUGAAAUCUAUAAAUAACUUAAUACAAAUUCUAAAGAGAAUACAUUCAGAAUACUCUCUUAUUAUUAAAAAAUACACAAAAAGUAUUAGUAAUCAUCACUCUCUGAUUAUUGUUUGGAUUUACUCAAUAAAUCUCAUAGUUUUAUAAUAUCUGAAAUCUUUUAAGGUAAAAAUGAAUUGUCUCAACAAAUCAAUGUAACUUAAAGUUAAAAUCUUAAAAAUAAUUUAUAAUAAUUAUUACAACUUUUUUAACCCUUAUCUGAUGUCAGAUGUAAAGAGUUAAAAUCAAUAUAAGAUAUAAUAUUAACUAAUUUUUAAGUAAGAUAUAUUAUUUAUAAAAAAGGUUAAUUAUAAUAUUAGUAUUGAUACUUCAACUUCAAGAUGUUUUUUGAUAUGUUUAUUGAAAGUCAAUAACAAAUUAUCUUAAUAAUAUUAUGAGAAAUAAGUGAAUAAUCUACUACAACAAUUUGACAAUCUAUUUUUAAGUAAUGGAUACAUAAAUUAAGAGAAAGUAGAGUAAUAAUGUUAGAAGUUUUCAGAUUUUGAUGAAAAAGAGUAUUUUAUUAUUAUUAUGAAUUAUAGUCAAGAUGGAUAAUAUUAUUAAUCAAUUAUUGAAUAGAAAUCAAUUGCAGUUGAAUAAUAAUACAUUAGAAGUAUUCCUCAACUUAAAUAAUAAUUUUAAAUUUUAAUCUAUUUAUAAUUAUUAAAUCUUUUAAUUUAAAGAAUUAAUAGGUAUGAAUUUGAAGUUGAAGGAUUGAUAACAAGUUUAAGAAGAAUAUUGACUCAUCCAUAUGUGACUGAUGAUUUUAUUAUAGAUAUUUGGAAUGAAAUCUAUCUUAUUAUAGAAUAAUUAAAUGAAUAGAGUUCUGAGAAAUGGUUGGAAUUAACUCAAUAGAAAUUGAUGAAUAAUGUAUUAAUACAUUUAGAUUAAACAAUUUCAAUCACUACAACACUAAUAUUAGCAGUUAUUUUAAAUUAGAAAUCUCUUCAAACAAAAUAGAUACGUAUAUAGAAAUUGUUCUUUCUUGUUAGUGAAUUGAAAAGCAAUAAUUAAAAGAAUUCUUUAUAUAGAAUUAUAUUUAAUAAUUUAGAUAAAUUGGAUUCAAAUCUUUGUUAAAAGAUAUAUUUUGAAAUGAAGGAUUAAUUAAUGAUUUAAGGUGGAACAUAUAAAUUAUUAAAAUUGAUAUUGCAUGAACCAGAUAAUAUUGAUCAUUUUAAUCUUAUAAUUAAAGUAUUCUUAGGAUAGGAAAUACAUUAAAUACAAAUUCCAAUUCUUUAAUUUAUAGCUGAAAAUAUAUUUAAAAUAGGUGUUAGAUAUUAAAUUCUAAUUUAUUUAGGAGUUUGUGGAAGAUCACUUAAAACUAAAAAGUUUGCUAAACAUUUAAUCAAGUAAUUUUAAUUAGCAUUAUUAUAAUGUAAAUAAUGAAAUUAUGUUAAGAUUAGGAUUUGACCUAGUUUAUUAUUAUGUUAAAUUCUGUAGUAUAUUUGGCAUCAUUACUAAUUAAAGAUCUUAAUUACUAAAGUACAUAUUGGUUAUUCAAAAAAACACUCAAACAUUUUUUUUAACCUAGAAUUAAAUAGAAUAAUAAAAAAUGUAGUUAAAUAAUAAAUUUAAUAUCUUAUUUCAUUGAAUAAAGUGUUUAUUUAACACCAAUCAAAUCUGAAUUUGAAUUUUCAUUAUCUGAUAAAUUAGAAAUAAAUAUUAAAAAAUUACCUGAAUCAAUUCAACAAUCCAAUAAAUCAAUUACAGAUUUUACAGAUAUAAUAAGUAUAUUACAAUAAUAUUUGAAUGAUGUAAUAUCAUUUGGAAAGAAAAAUGUUGAAAACCUUAAGAAAGAUUAAUAACCAUAAAGUAAUUUAGAUAUCUUUGAUGCAUUGUUAUUUUCGGUAUCUAUUUAAUAUAUAAAUUAUAUUAGAUGAAUAGAAAUCAAUCAAAAUAAAUAUUGAAAUCAAAAUCAUAAUAACUAUCUAAUCCAUUUCAGAAUGUUAUUGAUUUUAAAUAGUCAUCUAAAAUGGAAAAAGUGACUAAAGCUCUAGAUAUUGAUAAAGAAAUAAAAUGA